UUCGAUACUGAUAGGAAACUCUGGGCAUGGAACGGGAUUACUCCUGUCUUCCAGAUGUACAGUUACAGAGGAUCCAUCGCAUAACCAAGAAUAAUUAUCAAAAGACGUCCAGCAGCGUCCACCAAAUGUCACAUUUCAUUUCACAGCCUUUUGCAAUCUCGAACAACAAUCUUUUUCACCUCCAUUUUCUUAUAUUGCGAUUUCAAUACACUCUUUUGAUCUUCCAACUCACCCUCUUUCUAUGAUUUCUUCCACUGAUUUAUGAAGUUUGCAAUCCAGUUGACUUCGACGGGGACGAAUCGCUCAGCAUGGCUCUCGAAAACUUCGAUAUCGAACGAUCCAACCAAGAGAUGAUCCGUCAGACGCUAAUAUCGAGCAUGUCUUUCUGGUUGACCAUCGCUCGAUUGCUACAAAUUAGUCUUUCCUUCACGGUACUCUUCUGUACUGGCUACACAGCUAAUAUAUUCCUCGGUGACUGGUUCCACACUUUCGGAUUGAGUUUCGUCACUUUCGUCGUGACUAUGCUGUUCAUGUUCUACAUUUUCGUCACCCCUCGUCGAUUCCCCAAAGUCUACCAAUACCGAGUGCACAUUGCGAUGGAAAUAUUUGUGACCUGUCAUUGGAUAGCGACAGUUGCUCUCCUCUCGUGGGAAUGCCAGACGUGGGAUGCAGCCGAAGACGUCGUCAGCGAUGUUCUGUCAUACGAGCCAUCUGACACAGUCCACUCGCUUCCGCACCAAGACUCUGGAAUCCGUUCAUUGCGAGCUGCCACAGCACUAGCGAGUAUCAAUUGUGUUCUCUGGGCUAUUACUCUCUUCAUUCUGAGACGUGUACUACUGUAUUCUGAGGACAGUUGACGGGCCCUACGAAUUUGACCAAGCCACAAUCGAUGCCCUGAGGGCAGACGAUCCAUUCGAUAUACCAUGCCUACCUUCACCCAAUAUUCAUCUUCUCGGGGAGGGGGGGGGGGGG